UGUAAACCAAAACAAUACAGAUUGCAAUCUACGUUCUCUGAACCAUUGUACAAACAAAAAUGAGUAAUUUGAAUAAUCACAAAUUAAUAAAUAAACGUAUUUUAGAAUUUUAUGUAAGCCAUAACAAGUUUGAACUUGAAGAAAUUCGAAAGUACGUACACGAUAAUUGGUCGUUGAAUUUUGAAGCAUUCUAUGGAUUGUAUAAAGAUAUUUUAAUUCCAGUUCUGGCAGAUUAUAAUUACCAGAAGUCCUUGGACUCUUUUCGAAAAUUAUUGCCUAUAUUUGAAGGCAUAAAUUUCUUGUACUGCAACGCUCAAAAGGAUUUAAAAAAGUUUAAUUUUGAAUGGCUUGGAGUCAAUUCCAAAUAUUUGCUGAAAACUUUAGAGUCAGCUGAAUUUGCAGAAACGUUUACCGUAGAAAAAACUCUACUAUUAACUUCAGUUCUGGAAAAUGCGUUGGCAAAUUUGUUCUUUGUAACUAGUGAUAAUUGUACACCACCGCAUUUGUUGCGUGACUUAUUACGCACAAAGGAGCUCCACAAUAUAUUCGGGUUAGAAACAAUGUCCUUAUUGAAAAUAAUAAUGGGUACACCCAAUGCAAUCAAUUUACGGAACAUUGUUUGGCAUGGCUUUCCAAAACCUGAAGAAAUACCAAAUUAUUAUGUCACAAUACUAAUCAUUAUUAUACAUAGCUUGGGAUCGGAGCUUAAAAGUAAACAAAUUGUUCAGUUGAUGGAGCGUCCAAAAGCUUCAGACUUUAAAAUAUUAUGUGAGAAAGUUUUAAACCAACUUUUAUUACCUUCAGAAUUCGUAAAUGAGAGUAAAUGCUUUGAACAAAUUAAAAAUCAUGUGUGGCUACACAAAGCUUUUAAGCAGUACUGGUAUCGGCUAUUCCAAUAUUAUGAAAGAAAACAGUUUUGGAAUUUCGUAAUACUGAUCAUACCGCAAAUCGAAUUAUUACUCCGAUUCAUAUAUGCACAAGCAAAUAAUUUUGAUGUUUCUGCUAAGUUGGAUGAGUACUAUAUUACAAUGGAUUCAAUAUUUGAGUGUAACGUUACCACUGAGGAGGCAAAUAGUAAAAACAAGCUAAUAAAUGGGAAUGUUCUAAGUGAGGACCUGCUUAGCCUUACAUAUGAUUUAUUUAUUGCACCAAAUGGACCACGCGUGAGAGAUAAAAUUUGUCAUGGUGAAAUUGAUAUUGCUCUAUUAGAUUAUCCGGAAUUAUGUGAUAUCUUGUUCUAUCUUUCUAUGGGCUUAUUAAAUUUUGAGCAGCCGUUUCAAAAAUAUGAAAGUGUUUUCCAUUUAAAUUGCGUUACAAAAAACACAUUGAGUCGAGCUGCAAAAGAUUUUGAAAAGCUGACAGAAAAAUACUUAAAAGAAGAAAAUAUAGACUCCUUAAAAUUACUUGUCGAGCAUGCAGUGGCCUGUGAUAUAAAAAUAUUUAAUCGUCCAAAAAAGGAAUCUGAAAUAAUUUAUUUAGUGUUAAGAAAUGCGAAAUUUGUCCAAACCUCUUGUGCAAACUAUUCAUUUUCUAUUGAUACUAAAUUUAAGCUGCUGGAACAGCGCGAAUUACAUUCUAAAAGGCGUCGUACUUUGGAGCGCAUGCUGGAAGCUCUGCCGAAUAUUUGUAAUGCUUUACGUGAUAUUUUGACUUGCCUCUUGUGCAUAUUUGUAAAGCUGCAAACUGACGAUUCCAUUUUUCAAAAUGAAGAAGUUUCUAAAACUCUACUAAGGUUUUUAAAGCACACAUUAAAAUUGACCGAAAAUUUCACUAAAUAUUCCAAUCAGAGCAGCAAUGAAUGGAUUAAAGCUGUUCAAUUGUGUAAAAAGUUUACUGAUGUAAAACUACUAUAUUAUCAGACAGAAUACUUCUAAUAAUGGAUCUUCUUCAGGCGUAAGUAUGUCGUUUGGUUAAAUGAAUUUGUAGCAAAUAUCUGUGUGGUUCAAUAUUUAUUUAUUUUUUAAUGCUGAAUAAUGUGUAUAUGUCUACAUCAUUAUGUGAGUGCUUUUAAAUAGAUAUAAGUCCUAGAAAUUAGCAUACCAUCACCUAAAAUGCAAAAUAACGUAACCUCACUUUUCAUUUAAGUUUAGGUGAUGGAAAAAACAAUAUACGAUAUAAAAUAUAAAAUAAUAAUUUUGAAACAAAAUUUUAAUUUUGGUUGUAACUUGGUUAUAUUUGAUUGCAGAAGCUUAAACCUUUGUAUACAUACAUACAUACAUGCAUAUGUAUGUAUGUAAAAUGAUGUAGUGAAUCGCAACCAAUAAAAAAUUCAAUUUAAUACCUUGUUUUGCAUUUUAUGUGACAAUAUAUUUAAUACAUAUAUGUAUGCAGAUAUGUACAUCUUUAUGUGAGUUAGUGUGUGUUAAUUCACUUGAUUUUAUUGAAGACUUGCCUUGGCCAUAACUUAUGACUAAUGAAUGAAAUGUUAGUACUGAUGGCAUAAGUUUCCCACCAUUAAAUAGAUGUCACGCAUGCCGGUGCAAAAUAUGGGCAAAACAUUCGUACCUCUGGUCAUGUGCAUGCCGACAUACUUAUACUUACAAUGUAUGUAUGGAAAUAGGUAUGUUGUAUUCAUGUUAAACAAAUCAGUGACAAUAUGGUAGGCACAUUAGGAACAGUGAAUAAAAUGUAUACAAAUGUUUGUAUUACGAGAAUACAUUGAUGCACCUCCAACCCUAUGGCGCGUUAAACUAGCCAUUCUACCACAAGAAUUACCAAUUCGAAGUUAUCUGAUAUAUUCGAAAGGUUCGGAGCAAUUAAAUAAGGCUCCAAAUUUUAUUUUUACUGAAAAGUACCAAAAUUCCAUUAAAUGAAAUGUGUUUUCUUUUGUUUUGCUUUGUAUUUGAAUAAACGCAAAACAAUCUUGCUACUUCCCACUUUCGUCAUAAUCUCAACCAAUUUUCUGACACAAUACUCGUGCUUCCACAUUUGCUAUUGGGUACACAUAUUCCAAAGCAUGUAUAAACCUAGACCGAGCUUGUGGCUUUUUAUUGAUGCGUAUACACUUAGGAGCUCAUACGUGUAUGUAUGUAUGUAUGUACAUAUGAAGUUUUUACCGCGCUUCAGUGAUUUCGAAUAGAAAGAGCGGAUCUGUUUUACUGAAAUGUCGCAUGCUUGUUAAAUUGUUGUUGUUGUGGUUCCGGGAGUGCAACCUACAUUUGUGGCGUAGCUAGCGGGUUCGUUGCCUGGUUAGAUCGUUGCUGUUUUUAGCAUUAUUAUAUGUAUUUUUGUAAUUUUUAUUUUAACUGUUGUUUUUGUUACUGUUGGUAAUGUGUGACGGUGUGUGUGGAUUUGGAUGCGGGAGUUCAGUUUUUCUGAUCGUUCAACGAUAAGCGACACAUUUAUUUUUUUCUUAUUGCCAGAAUGCAUAAUUGCCAUUACAAAUAUACAUAUGUACGUUGGUGCCACAAACGUUUUUUGGGGAUGCCUUCUAUUGAAACUCAGUUGAACAGUGCAGUUGCUUUUCAGAACCUGAAUCGAGUGGUAUAUCACGCUGUUCAAAGUGAUCUUACAGUUAGGACUUGCCAAUCAUUUUUAUAACUUAAAGAGUGCCAGUAUUUAAAAUCUAAGCGAACGUAAUAAAGGUCAAGGUGCACCGGCAUAAAUAUUUUCAACUUC